GCUUGAAACAAAAGUGAAAAAUGAAGAUUUGAAAAAAAUGCGUGAAAUCUUAUCAGCAUUUGAUCUUCUUAGAAGGAAAUAAUUUUAAAGAAAAUAUUUUUAUCAAUAUAAAUUAAAAUAUAUCUUACAUUAAAGUGUAAAUAAGUAAAUAAAAUCCAUACAACAUAAUUGAGUCAUAAAAAUGGGUAUUAUGGCCCAUGUUCUGUACCAAUUGCUUUUAAGUACUACGUUUGUAAUUUCCUUAGUGCAAAAAAGCAAUCAUGCCUCAUGCUAAGUGCACUCAUAAACGUUAUAAAUAUAAUUAUUACAUGUUGGAAUUUUAAUUAUACAUUGUAAUUAUAUAGAGAGACCUACAUGCAAGAGAGAUGGAAUCACUUAGCGAUAGUCUUGCUAUUGCUUUAUUCAUUAGCAGCACAGAUCUUUUUGGUUUGUGCCAACAAUCUGUCAUCAACUUUUGCAAAAAGAUCUGUUUAAUUUUUGCUGCAAAUCUGCUGGAACAGAGUGUCAACAGAUUCUGUUAGAUUUCUAGUAGCAAUUUGCCGAUAUCAUCAGAUAUUAUCAGACAAAUAUUAUCAAACAUAAUCUAUGUGAAGUCUAUUGCCUUAUUGGCAUCAAAAAUUCAUAGCAGUCUCUGCGCAUAACUGUUUCUUCAGAUUGGCUAUCAAGGUUCAUUAAUUUCCAGCAGCUUGUCUCGAAAUUCAUUAUCUGCUAAGAACAAAUUAAUUAGUCACUGAUCCUAUUGGUAGUGCUAGAAAUGUUCUGAAAUAAUAUAAAUUUUAAUAACAGGCUGGACGUGCUUGACAAUAAACGUCGCGCAUCUAUCGUUGCAAGACAAAUGGGAUUUCCUAACGAAGUAUUCUGAACAUUUCGAAUGGACACCACAAACCGCUCACGAUUACGUUCCAGGUGUGUUCAUUGAAUGUACGUGUCCAUAACGAUCUGUAUAAUGUUGACGUUCUUUCGAUUAUCGCGUUACGUUACUCCCGUUUGCAUUUCUGAGUAGAAAGCUUCGCGAAUGCAAAUGGUGAGACAAAGAAAUCUGGAGAAACUCCACAGCCACUUGCCGCCGAAGCCAAGAAACCUCAACCGAUCGAACUGUUCCUCCUCUUGAGCGAUACGCGAGAACUCGGAAGCGACGUGGCCGGCCUAUCGCCCUGCUGCGAUCAGAUAAUCUACGUCAUCCAAUCACGCGACAUUCCUCUAGAUCCAAGAGAUGUAAGAGUAUCAAGUCUCAGUUAAUUCAAUGACUGUCUCUCGGUAAUUACCGUGAUAAUUCAUUUUGUAGAUAAUAAUAAAAAAAGGAUGAAGUGUCUUAAAAAAAAUAAAACUGUGCUGACGUACUAUACAGCACAAAAAUAUAAAAUAUGCAUAAUGAAAGUCAGAUAAAUAUUAAAUCCAAUGGAUACAACUAUUAAAUAACAUUCUACAGAUCCACUUUUGUUUCCGGUAUUUUUUGUUGGGAUUGUAAUUGGUUUCAAUUUAAAUUUCCUUCUAAGGUAAAACCGCCGUUAGCAAAAUGGAAGUUUCAUCGCUGGCUAAAAUGGGCCGUUUCGCGAAAUGUCAUCGACCCUGCCGACUACUUCGUCCCGAUACGUUACUUACGAAUGAUCAGUCCUCUCAAGGAGUGCAAUGGAAGCGUUGUUCGUGAUAAAAAUGACGUUCCAGGAAACUCGAUCUCUUCGAAUGAGAUCGAGCGGUCCGAUAAAUUCACCCGGAGAAGAACAAGAUCUCAGAGAGUACCAGAUUUGCCCACCACAUCGAAAGAAGAAGCAACGGAAGACGUCAGUCGAUGGCUCGACUUCAAUAAAAUGGCAUUAUGCGUAAAGGAGGUGCAUCUGUUUUACAAGUUGGAGUACUUCCAGUACUCGGUUCAAAUAACAGGCGACAUAUUAAAGACAGCCAAUGACAGUCGUAAAACGGAAACAGCAAGAGAGAUCGGAAAGGAGAAAACAGGUACUUCAGCUUUUAUAUGUACUCUCAAUUAAAACAAAAAUCAAACACCCAGAUAUACGAAGAACUUUUUACUACAACUUUUGUUUCAAAGCAUAAUAUAAUCGAUAUCUAAUCAAAUAUCCAAUGAUUGAUUAAACGCUGAUUAAUGCCAGCAAUACAAGUUUUUUUUUCAUAAGCAAAAUGAUGUACAAUAAUACAUUCCAUAUUCCGUUCCAGUCUCAAAUGUUUUUUAUUUGAAAAUUUACAGAUACUUACAGUAGUAUUGGCAGCAAGAUUGUGAAGUCCAGAUACAAACCUUUGUAUUUGUUCUGCGAUUCUCCAAAGAAGAAAUUCUUCUUAGUCAAUCUUUACGCCGCACCGAAGGACAACAACGU